AUGUUUCUUCCCUUAGAUGACGAACUCCUCCCGCUUGACGAGCAGUCAGUCGACGCGUUGGUUGCAGAUUCCGAUCCAUUGGACUUUUGCGGCUCAGUCAUCUCCGGACCAAGUGGAACGACGACUCCAGCACCACCUCCGGGACUCGGAUUCCCGCACCCUCAUCCAGUUAUUCCCAUACAGUUUGGUGAAACGACUUCUGUGGUAUCAACGCCCGUCAUUCAGAGUCCCGCGCUUGCCCGUCCGCAGCCGGUCAUUCCGCGUCCAAUCACUCCCUUGACCCCCACCAUCAAGUCAAAGGCUACUACGAAGAAGGCUGCUAGAACCGAAGCAGUGGCCCAGGGUUCUGAUGCCAAGAAAUCUAUCAAGGAUCUUGCCGUAGAAAGUGGGCUUUCACGAGACAUCGCUUCACAGCAGAGCAAGUCGCUCAAGGAGGAAGACUUCCCAGCGCUUGAUUCUGUCAAGGUCGCCUCGCCACAGAAAGUUACACCUGCGUUGCCUGCGAAGCCCACUCCAGCAAAGGCCGACAAGGGAAAGAAGAAGGCCGAGCCAGAGACACCAAGCAGGACCGUAGCAUCCAGAGUUGCAGCUACGCCAACUCCCGUCAAGACUGACAAGCGUCCGAUUCCUGGUGUUUUGGAUAUUGCUGCUGCUACCAAAGUCGCCACUCCGUUCAAGGAGAGCAAAGAAAAUGAGUCAAGCUUGUCAAAGAACUCGGGAUCCGCAACGCAAACCGCCAAGUCUGUGGUUUCGUCAGCCUUGCCCACGCCUACGACAGCAUCUGUAUCUUCACCUCUAGCUCGAGCAGCCCCCAAGACUCUGCGCUUGAUUCAGACCCCCAAGACCGAACAGCCACCAAAUUUGCCAUCGGCGGCCGUAGCAUCAAUUCGCUCCGCGGCAAUUGCUGCAUCAGGUCGACCUAGCACACCCGCUAGCGAAGGCAUCUCGGAAUCGACCUCGGUCAUCAGCGCCUCUGUGUCUGCUUCCCGCACCAGUUCUCCACCACCGUCCAAGGUAGGAUCUGCCGCACUUCGAGUGACUACGAAGAGCCAACAGCGCAAGCAGCGCAACAAGGCCUCGAAGGAAGCUGCCGCAGCGAUUGCCGAGACAAAGGCCCCCGAGCAGGAGGUUGAAGUUGCCCCAAUCGAGGGACGGAAGAAGAAGCAGAAGAAGGAGAAGAAACCGAAAACGUCCACACUCAAUAGCCCUGUGAUCAGUCGACCAGAGACACCACAGCCGGACUCUUCCAAGGAUGCGAGUGCCAAAACGGAUGCGGUGAUGACCAAAGCGCGAAGCAACGAUGAGAAAGCUUCACGCAAGGAGAAAGCCAGUGUCUCUAGCCCAGAGAAGGUUUCGCCUCCCGCCAGGGCAACUGAGACAAGGGAAUUCGAAGCUAAAGAGAGCAAAGAGCCUCUACAAAGCCCGACUCCGGUUGACACAUCCAUCAGGCUUAAUGAGUCAACGAAGACGACUGUGCUGACUCCCGACUUUGUCUCGUCGGCAGCGGAUUCUCGUCCGUACGAGGCCGAUUAUGAUGGCGCUGUAGGGGAGAUCCCGACACUUUCUGAGAUCCUCCAAAGCUUGAUUGAGGAGGGAGAGCUUCCUGAGCCUGACGAAAUGAACCUGUUCAAAUCCACAACCAAUUAUCGUGCCGAGGUAGAACGCUCAUUCGCUGCCGCCUUGCCCCCGACAGUUCGGUCUGUUGUAACUAAAGAGGACGAAGCCGAGCUCAAUGCGUGGCGACCUGUGCGCAAGGAAAUCAAUGGUCAUCGCGUUCUGCUUACGCCAAACGGUGACUUCGUCCUCAACCUCACGGAAGAAGAAGAAAGACGGUACAUCUCGCUCCAGCACAGGAUUGCUCAGACCAGUGGCGACGCCAUGGCCUUUACGGCACCGAAGCAUGCUACGCCCGGCUCUGGGUUCAGUUUGAUUAAGGGUCGAGCUGUUCCCAACGGAGUACCGUCCUUCUUCCCCAUGGGAGCUGCUAGCUACCCGCCGGAUCCGGUAGGCAAGAUGCAUCGCGAAGAGGCCAUAGGAUGCAUCAACCAGCACGUGCUACCAUCCCUGAAUUUGGGUUCCUACAAGACGAACUCGGCAUUCCCCAACAACACUAACAGUGUCAACCUGCAGAGCCUAGCACCUUGGAUCUCUGGAGCCACAAACUUUAUGGAUAAGGACGGCAAGCGGGCCAAGAUGUUUGGCGGUGACAACUGGGAUGACAUGGAUGACUUCCCUCACCACGAGGCUGAAGGCGUUCCGAAUGGCCCAUCUCCAGCCAUUGGAAGCACACCUUUGAUGAGCGUCGAGGAGGCUGAGAGCGUGCUUGCACAGUCAAAGAAGCAGCAUGAAGCAAUGGAUAAGAAAUUCAAGUCGCAGAUGCUGAAGCUGCGCCGGACUUUGGGGCUUCAUUGA